GGUGGGCUCCUAAGAUCCUUUUGAGAGGAACUGGAUUUCCUCCUCGUUGGCUGGAAACCGAGGAUUGACGGAAUCUGGAGGAGUUAGACGAAAGGCUGAGGAUGGCGGAGUCCUGUCGCUGACUUAAAUUCCGAGAUCCAAUUAGUGGGACCAGGCGAUUGGGUGCUGAUACGAAGCAUUAAGAGAAAACAUUGGCACUCUCCCAAGUGGGAAGGGCCUUAUCAGGUAUUGUUGAACACUCCCACAGCCAUAAAAAUAGCUGAAAGAUCCACGUGGGUACAUCUUACUCAUUGCAAAAAGGUCAUCUCCUCCGAUAGUUCCGCAGAGAAAAGUGACUCACAGUCUGAUAAUAGAGUGGACUCAGGUGUGUAGAACCUGAGUAGACUCGAAAGUCAGUGAAGUAUUUCCAAGACACCAGACUCAUUAGAGGACACUCUCGGGGAAGAUGGCGACUAGAUGGAUAAGCGAUGCAAUUAGGUGCUGGGGAGUGACAAUUGUAUUCAUAUUAAUUUUUUUUUACCUGGUACUUAUGGGAAGCUCCUGGAACUUCCCUAAAUAGCACUCAUGUUCCGCCCACUUCAUCCCAAGGUAUCACCCAACCACAUGCUAGAGUAAAACGCGGAGUAGGAUAUUAUCGGCCCACUAGCGUUCUGACGACUUCCAAAAAUCCAUGUAAUGCGACCGGAGAAACGAUGUCUAGGACCUAUAUUUGCUACAAUACCACUACCUUUAUCAGCACAGUAAUCAUCCCUAUGAACUCCUUUCAGUUGGGCGGUUAUGUAGGAAGCGAGUGGUAUGAUUGGACAUUCUAUUUAAACUCAGUGGGUUUUAAACAAACAGGUAUAGACUGGGGAUGGGUUUUCGCCACCACUGAUAAAACCUGGAGGUCCGAUUCCUAUGGCUGGCGACCAUGGGCACAAUAUUGGUCACGUGUGUUAACUCUAGAAAAGAUAAAACUUGGAAACUCACCCUCCUUAGUUUUAAGAUUUAAUACCACAGUCAAUCCAUUAUUGGAAAAACCCCCGUCAAUGCCUAACUAUCCAAAUCCACCUUGUUACAUUUUAGCUCUGUGUGCCUAUUGGCCAAGUCAUACAGACCCAUGCACUUAUGUGGCACUGUGCCCUAACAUUACAGAAACACCCACUGCCGCAACAGACUCAGAUUUGCAACCUGUGCCAGGACUGACGUUGGGGCCUAGGUCCACAACUAAAGUAAAGAUAAAGAUCCUCAAUAAAAGACCUGACACUGACGAGUGGUUUCAAGUAACCACUGGAGUCUCAGGGAAAAACAAUAAUUGGCUGUUAAUGGUAGAACAGGCAGCAAAUGCAACUAAAGCCGACUGUGUUGUGUGUAUGGGCCCCCGCCCCUUACUACAAAUAGUUCCUGCACCUAUUCCAGCUGAAUGCCUGUUGACUGUCAUGAGUAAGACAUUUCCAGGACCAAAUUGCAGUUAUUGGGACGGUAUCUUUCCAGUAACAAAAGGCGUAAGAAUCAAACCUCUAUUCUCUAAACAUGUAGCACCAGGAAACUUCUCAUGUAUUAACCUGACCGGUAGGGGACCGCGUUUAGGUAGCCUUGCAGAGAUAGCAUGUCCAGUUACAUUUCCUGUUUUUACACCCUUCACCCCAGUGUCUCGGGCUGACAUAUGGUGGUGGUGUGGGGAUGAGAGAUUAUUUGACAAAUUGCCUAAAGGUAAUACAGGAUUGUGGGCAUUGGUAACCCUAUUGCUACCAGUAAACCCAUAUCAGCUGACGCUCUGUAUACACAAAUAACCAGUACAAUGUCCAGUGAGUGGAGACAGAAACGCUCCUCCUGGCGCUCUGAAACUGAUCCUACAUAUAUAGACGCUAUAGGAGUUCCUCGCGGCGUACCAGACGAGUACAAGAUAGCAGAUCAGGUGGCUGCAGGGUUUGAGUCCCUGUUCUGUUGGUGGUGCACGAAUAACAAAAACGUAGACAGAAUCAAUUACAUCCAUUAUAACGUACAGAAAUUGGGCAAUUGGACACAGAGUGGGUUUGAGGCUGUUCAUGGACAGCUUUCCUCUACGUCACUGAUGGCAUUCCAGAACCGCAUAGCUCUUGAUAUGUUGCUUGCAGAGAAAGGAGGUGUGUGUGCUAUGUUCAGAGAGCAAUGCUGCACCUUCAUUCCUAACAACACUGCAGCGGAUGGCAGUCUCACCAAGGCCAUAGAAGGGUUGAAAACUCUGAAUGGUAAGAUGAAAGAUCAAUCUGGUGUAGACGCCACUAUGUGGGAUUCUUGGUUGGAUGCUUUUGGGAAAUACCGAACCCUGGUGUCCUCAAUUCUAAUAUCUCUAGCAGUCUUUGCUGCAAUAUUGACCUUAUGUGGAUGUUGUUGUAUUCCGUGCCUGCGUUCUUUGUCUACUCGUCUCAUCACCACAGCAAUUGCACCUAUGGAGGACCGCUUAACUCAGAUGUAUCCACUUCUGCAACAAAAUCAAGAUGACGAUGAAGACACAGAUGACGAAUCAGAAUAUUGGCCUGAUUUGUUCCCUGAUCCAGGUGACUAUGAGUCGCCCCUGUAAGUAAUCUAACACACACUCUGAGUGUAAACAUUUUGCCAGACUCAUAAAAAUGAUCUUGCAGUCGAAAAUCUAGCGAAGAGACUGAUUGAGUGAUAUGAGAAUUUGAGAACAAAAUGUGAUAAACAGGAGGGAAUGUUAGAAUAAAAAUGUACAUAAGUUAUCCCAUUUAUGUUUUGUUCUUAGUAGCCUUUAAAGUACACAGCAAUGCUGUGUGUAUAUGUGUGUUAUUAAACUUGUGUCUGUGAGAUUAACAGGAACGCACCCUGCCAUACCGACA